AGGGAUGCACCAUGAAUGUGCGAAAAAAGAAAACAAGACUUCAAAUUUAAAUGGACAGUUGGCGUGCUCGGCGAGGCAGCGGCCAGGCAGCAGACGACGCCAGGGCCAGGCUCGGCGGACCGCGGUUCUGUUCGGCCUUUUCCCCUUCCUGCCGAGGAGACGGCGGUGGAGGAUGGUGAGCUCGUGAUGGGCACGGCGGAGCAGCAGAAGGAACACUCCGGGGUGUCUGGCUCCUCCAGCCUGGAGUGUGGGGAGGACGAGGCCGGGGGGGUGCGGCCCCCUGUGUCCCGUGGGUCGUCCACGGGCGGGGUUACCGCCACCACCUCCAGCAUAGGCGGCAGCAGCGGCAGCGGCGUCGUCAAUGGCAUCCGGCGGGGCCGGGCGUCACCCACGUGUGCCGCGGGGCGCGUGCCGCUCACCAGACUGUGCGAGGAGAAGCGUGCCAAGCGGUGCCGGUUUUAUCGUAAUGGUGACCGCUGGUUCGGGGGCAUGGUGGUGGCGGUGGGCGGGGACAAGCACCGCUCGUGGGAGGCGCUGCUGGAGGACCUGACGCGGUUGCUGGACCACUCCAUUCACCUGACAGCCGGUGUGCGCCACGUGUUCGGCCUGGACGGCACGCGCGUCACCCAGCUGGACCACAUCAUCGAGGCCGGCGAGUACAUUGUAUCCUCAUCGGAAGUGUUCAAAAAACUUGAUUACUCUCGCGCCCGCCUCCCACAGUGGCGUGCCCACGCGCGGCGCAACGAGGCGCUGCACGUGACCCCGCGCACGACCGCCUUCUCCUCGCCGGUGUCAACGCCCGGCAGCGAGGCGCCCCCGAGCAUCCUCGGCAGCUCAACGCCCACCGAUUCCCCGAAGGACUUCAUCCGGCCCAAGCUGGUGACUGUGAUUCGUAACGGCGUGCGUCCCCGCAAGGCGGUGCGCAUCCUGCUGAACCGCCGCACUGCACGCAGCCUGGAGCAGGUGCUGUCUGACAUCACGCAGGCCAUCAAGCUGGACACAGGCGCCGUCAGGAAGGUUUUCACCUUGGACGGCAGACAGGUAAGCUGACCUCCCUUCUUUGUG